UGUGAUAUAGCUGUCGUUUUGAUGCAUUAUUUCAUCCCCACUCUCUCAUAUACGCUCCUCCACGCCACACACAGUUCCAAAAUCCCUAGCCUACACAACACACACUCUUUCUCUUUCUCUUACCCUAGCAGUAGCAGAUCUCAAUUUGCAUUUGCAUUUGCAUUUGUGGAUGCAUCAGAUGCCGCAUGUGAGAUGAGGAAGAAAACCUUUUCCCACGUCUCACUCUCUCUUCUCUUCCUCUUCUUCUUCCUCUUCCUAGUACCACACACUCUCUGUGCCUCCGCAGCAAUCUCGCACAAUGGACCUCUCACCGACGCCCAAGCCACCUACAUCAAGCACCGUCAGCUUCUCUACUACAAGGACGACUUCGGCGACAGAGGGGAGAACGUGACCGUAGAUCCUUCCUUUGUCUUCCCCAAUGAUCGAUUACGAAACGCCUACAUAGCUUUGCAAGCGUGGAAGCAAGCCAUUCUCUCCGAUCCAAACAACCUCACGCACAACUGGCUGGGACCCAAUGUCUGCAACUACACCUUCGUCUUCUGCGCCCCUGCGCCGGACAAUCCUAAGAUCCUCACCGUCGCCGGAAUCGACCUCAACCACGGCGACAUUGCCGGAUACUUGCCGGAGGAGCUCGGUUUGUUGACGGACCUGGCGCUGUUGCACAUCAACAGCAACCGCUUCUGCGGCACCCUGCCGCACAAGUUCGAACGGUUAAAGCUCCUCUUCGAGUUGGAUCUCAGCAACAACCGCUUCGCUGGCAAGUUCCCCGACGUGGUGCUGCGUCUGCCGCAGCUCAAGUUUCUAGAUCUGAGGUUUAACGAAUUCGAAGGGACGGUGCCCAAGGAGCUCUUCGACAAGGACCUGGACGCGAUCUUCAUCAACCACAACCGCUUCGUCUUCGACCUGCCGGACAAUUUCGGAAACUCGCCGGUGUCGGUGAUUGUGCUGGCCAACAACCGCUUCCACGGAUGCGUGCCGGCGGGAAUCGGCAACAUGACGAGGCUGAACGAGAUUAUUCUGAUGAACAACAAUUUCAGGUCGUGUCUCCCGGAGGAGGUAGGGUUGCUGAAGAAUCUGACGGUGUUCGAUGUGAGCUUUAACCAGUUGCUAGGGCCGUUGCCGGAGGCCAUUGGAAGCGCGGUGAGUUUGGAGCAGCUGAAUGUGGCGCAUAACUUGCUGUCGGGGAACAUUCCUGACAGCAUUUGUAAGCUUCCCAAUCUGCAGAACUUUACUUACUCUUAUAACUUCUUCACCGGCGAGCCACCGCGGUGUCUGGCUCUGCCGGCCUUUGACGACCGCCGGAACUGCUUGCCCAGCAGGCCCUUCCAGCGCUCUGCUGGACAAUGUAAGUCCUUUUUGUCGCAUCCUGUCGAUUGCAAGUCUUUCAGCUGUAAGCCUUUUGUUCCUUCGUUGCCUCCUCCUCCUCCACCCUCGCCCCCGCCCCCACUCUAUCUCUCUCCACAUUCUCCCCCACCACCCCCGCUCUAUUCACCGCCGCCUCCACCUCCUGUGUACUCACCACAGCCCCCACCUCCAGUCUAUUCACCGCCACCACCUCCUCCUCCACCACCACCACCACCACCGGUUUAUUCACCCCCUCCACCGCCUCCUUCCCCGCCACCACCUUCACCACCGCCGCCUUCUCCGCCGCCACCGGUGUACUCACCGCCUCCCCCACCGCCCUCACCGCCACCACCCUCGCCAGUAUACUGUGUAAGGCCUCCACCGCCACCUUCACCGCCUCCGCCUUCCCCGCCGCCUCCUCCGGCUCCUGUAUUCUCCCCGCCACCACCUGUGCAAUACUACAGCUCGCCACCGCCGCCUCCACCACACUCACCCCCACCGCCACCACACUCGCCACCGCCGCCACCACAUUCCCCACCGCCACCUGUUUAUCCCUAUUUAUCACCGCCACCACCUCCACCUGUUCACUCGCCUCCACCACCAGUGUAUUCACCACCACCCCCAUCUCCACCACCACCUUGUAUAGAACCACCACCACCCCCACCACCUUGUAUAGAGCCACCACCUCCCCCACCGUCACCACCACCGUGUGAAGAGCAUUCACCGCCACCACCAUCACCACAACCCGCUCCCUACCAUCCACCACCAUCCCCAUCUCCCCCACUUCCACCGGUUCAAUAUAGUUCACCACCACCACCACCACCACCUUAUUACAAUUCUCCGCCGCCGCCGCCACCGGCGUCUCCACCACCUGCACCUGUAUAUGAAGGGCCUUUGCCACCUGUCAUCGGAGUCUCAUAUGCAUCUCCUCCUCCACCACCCUUUUAUUGAUUCUUUUGAGAACUUUUCUCCUCUAACCCUCUCGCUCUACUCUAGCAACGAGGAAAAAAAACAUUCAUGUUCUUCAUUUCAUACUUUUGUUAUUAUUGGUGGCCAUUUCUUCUGUGCCCUCUUCUUCCCGUGCCAGCCAUGUCAAGUACGCGACUCUCGUCGCAAAAAAUAAAACCAGGAGAACGAGAAGGGUUUGUGUAAGGCUGCAUGCAUGUUUGUGCUAAUUAAUGUCUCAUUAGAAGAGGUUACAGGGAAUUGAGGUAAGAGGAGAAAGUCUCUCCAUAUUGAUUUGAAUUGUUAUGGAUAUUCGAGUUGUGAAAUAAAAAUGGCAGAAAAAGAGUAGGUUGCAGAGAAAAUGUGUAUGUAUAGGGAUCAAUUUGGAGACCAUAAUUCAGGGUUGCAAAGACAGUAGUGGCACUUUCUGUUGCUGCUCCUGCUGCUGCAUGUUUGUGGAGUUUAUUGUUAUUGUCUCUCUUAUAUCAUACUUUUUUUUUUGUUUAAUUUUUGUUUCUUUUGUUUUUGCAAUUUAUAGUAUAAUUUAUGAACAUUUUACAUGUAUGAUUUUCUGAGUUGAGGUAAUUCCUUUCUCGUAUCAGUGUCUCAAAAAUAUUUAUCUGCUGA